UAAUCUAUUGAAAAGGGAAAAAUUCACAUGAUGUUUGACCAAUUCUAACACACAGGACAGUCUGUUUGAUUUGUUUUCACUUCUUAUGAAAGUGUUGUUUUUAUAUCUAUCUUUAAUAUACGAGAGAUGAAAUUCGUUUUAGCUUUGCUUACCGUAAAGUUUUUGAGUUUAUUAGCAGAAGCGGAUGGACGGUUUUAUCAUCUUCGAUCUAUUCGAAGCAAAACGCUUCCUUUAAUUCAAGAGCAAACUGUCAGAGAUAUGAUUAAACGUUUAGUGGGAGAUAGAGCAAACGAAUUCUUAGUCGAAAUAAUUCCUCAGUUUGGACUAGUUGAUAAGGAUAUAUUCAAAAUUGAAUCUGAAGAUGAGUUUAUUAAAAUCUCUGCAAAUACGGGCGUGGCUGCAGCGUGGGGAUUUCAGCAUUAUUUAAAAUAUUAUUGUAAUUGCCAUUUCUCUUGGUCGGGAAAUCAGUUAUAUCUUCCUCAACCUCUUCCUUCAGUUAUUCCUGCAUUAAUCGUUACAUCUAAUGACAAGUUUCGUUAUUAUCAAAAUGUUUGUACACCUAGCUACUCGAUGGUGUGGUGGAAUUGGACUAGAUGGGAAAAGGAGAUCGAUUGGAUGGCUCUAAAUGGUAUCAAUUUGCCUUUAGCCUUUACAGGGCAAGAAGCUAUUUGGAGACGAACGUUUCUUCGACUAAAUUUCACGAAUGAUGAUGUUAACGACUUUUUUACCGGUCCAGCCUUCUUAGCAUGGAAUAGAAUGGGUAAUGUCCAGAAAUGGGCUGGCCCUUUAUCCGUGAACUGGCAUUUGCAGCAAAUGUAUCUACAGCAUAAGAUUUUAAAUCGAAUGAGAAAUUUUGGCAUGACACCCGUGCUUCCCGCUUUUGCUGGCCAUGUGUUACCCGCAACCCCUCGCGUUUAUCCUAAGGCCAACGUUACUGCGAUUUCUUGGGGAAGUUUUACACCACCUUACUCAAAUGUUUACUUCUUGAGUCCAACUGAUCCCUUAUUUCAGACAUUUGCUACUACUUUUUUAGAAGAGUACAUUUCUGAAUAUGGAACCGAUCAUAUUUACAACACUGAUUUGUUCAAUGAAAUGAGUCCACCUUCUAGUCAGCCCUCCUUUCUACGCACAUGUGGACAGGCAGUUUUUCGUUCUUUAGUAUCUGUGGAUCCCAAAGCUAUUUGGUUAAUGCAAGGCUGGUUAUUUGUAAAUGAUCCCUCGUUUUGGCAGCCUGCACAAGCUCAGGCUUUGUUAACAUCAGUACCAAUAGGAAGAAUGCUUAUUCUAGAUUUAGAAGCUGAAUUCUACCCGCAGUAUCAGAGACUGGAAUCAUUUUAUGGACAGCCUUUUAUUUGGUGCAUGCUUCAUAAUUAUGGCGGAGUUAAUGGGUUAUACGGUUCUUUUUGGGCCGUUAAUGCCGGUCCAUUUACUGCUCGAAAUUAUCCCAAUAGUACUAUGAUGGGAACUGGGCUGACACCAGAAGGAAUAGAACAGAACGAUGUCAUGUAUGAGUUCAUGAACGAAAUGGCUUGGCGUAGAGAGAGUUGUGAUCUUCCUUCAUGGAUUUCUAAUUAUACUUUACGAAGAUAUGGCAAAUUAUCUAGUAAUCUAACUAAAGCGUGGAUAAUUUUACAGAGAAGUGUUUAUAAUGCUUCCAAAGCUUUUCGAGAUCAUGGUAAAUAUGUUUUGGUACGACGACCUUCAUUAUCUGCCGGUCCUCAACUUUGGUUUAAUAAUACCGAUGUAUACAAGGCUUGGUACUAUUUUAUCAAUGUUUUAGACGACGAACAAUUUACUCUAAAGAGCACAUUUCUAUACGAUUUAGUGGAUUUGACUCGGGAAGUUCUUCAACUUUUAGUAGCAGAAUAUUUUGAAGAAGCCAAAACUUUCUUUCGUAAGAAAGAUGAAGAGAAUCUGAGGAAAACUUCUACGAUUAUUCUGGGAAUUUUAAAGGAUCUCGAAAAUGUUUUAACUUCGAAUGUGCAUUUUCUGGCUGGAAAAUGGUUCCAAGAUGCUAGAAAUUUAGGAGUUACUCCAAAUGAAAAUAAUCUUUACGAAUUUAAUGCCAGAAACCAGAUCACACUUUGGGGUCCAAACGGAGAGAUAUUAGAUUAUGCUACCAAACAAUGGUCAGGAAUGAUGUCUGGAUAUUUUUAUCCCCGUUGGUUUCUUUUCCUGAACACACUUCAAGAUUGCCUGAGUCAAAAUAAGCGCUUCAAUCAAUCAGAGUUCAACUGGAAAGUGAAAAAUUUUGUCGAGGAACAGUUUGCUUACAGUACAGACGUUUAUCCAUCCCAUCCUCUUGGUAACACCGUACAAAUAGUACGCGAUCUGUGGCAAAAAUACCAUCCGUCAAUAAUUAAGAAAUAAAUCUGGUGAUAAAAAUCCAUCAAGAUUUUUAUUUUCACGCAAGAUACAACCAGAAGCUUCUCUUACAUAAAUGAUCU